AUGCCUCGAUCUUCGCGUUCUUCUGGACCUACGCGCCCUGCCGCGCGCCCUGCUGCCCCUAGUGGGUCGCGUGGAAUGCAUACGAUGUCUGCGGCGCCUACAAAGCCGAGGUACGCCCCUCCUCCGGCCGCGCAGCACCAGCCACAGCAGCACCAUCAACAACAUGCGCCUCCGAUGACUUCGCAAGGCCCAGGCCUAUUUGGGCAGAUGGCUUCCACAGCAGCUGGUGUCGCUGUUGGAUCGACCGUGGGUCACGGUAUUAGCAACUUCCUUUUUGGAGGUCGGAGCGCUGAGCCUGCCCCUGCCGCUAAUGUUCCAUCUGACUACGCUCAAGCCCCACCUGCAACGCAGUACACAGAUUCGUUCGCUGAGCAGAAUACUGGCGUUAACUGCGACGCUCAGAGCAAGCAAUUCGUCGAAUGCCUGGAGAAGACCAAUGAUAUGAAUGCUUGCUCGUACUACCUUGAUCAGCUCAAGGCAUGCCAGGCCAUUGCAAAGGGAUACUAA